CCGCCAACAACAACAAAAGUGACAAGAUUCAGCCAGGGACACUCCUGCCGAAUCUCCUUCACAUAUUUAUGUGUAAAUGACUACAGCUGCCUGCCCGCUCGACCUCAGCAGCAGCAGCAGCGACAGCCGAAAGUGCAAAACGGCCAACACGCGGGAAAGAGUUGGAACGCUCGGGGACAGCAGAAGUCGUCUCCAAAGAAUCGGCUCGCUGCUGACGCUCGCCGUGCUCAUGUGCCAGCUGCAGCAGUUCGCCCACCCCGGCGGAGGUGGCAUCGCAGCCGCCCCAACACCUUCGCCAGCAGCAUUACCCCCUCCCAAAGCCACAUACCUUGCCACGCCGCCAGACCUGCCAAAGCGCCUCCAGAAGCGCCACAAUCCGGGCAAUUUUCGACAGCGCUUCCAGCGGGAGCUGAACGGCAGCAUCACCCGCUUGGACUGGGAGAACACGUGCGGGGGCAACUGGACGGGACCUGAGGACUGGGUGCGUGCGGCCAAACGCUGCAAAAAGCGCCAUUUGGUUAUUCACGCGCUGCAGAACAACACCAGGAGCGAGCUGCGCAGCCUGCGGGCGGAGAACAAGGAUACGGCCAUCGCCAAGGCCAUCGACAUCUCGCAGCAGCGGAAGUGGGCGCUGCACAGUGGCACCUACAAGUUUCUGCCGCGGCUCAAUGCCAGUAGUCAGCAGCUCAAUCUACGCCACGUGCACCGGGAUUUGCAGUUCUACGUUGGGGCCUUCAGCUACCUGCGCCACUCGCAGCUCCACUGGGACUACUCCAACACACAGACGGAGAGCGCCAUGUCCGCCGAACUGGGGCGCCUGCGCAAGAGUGCCCGCCACGUACUUUGCAGUGUGGAGGUGGCCAUCAAUGCCACCAAUCGUCUGUAUGCCGGCAAGGGCCAGAAGAACAGUCGCCGGGCCGUGCCCCUCCUGCGCAGUAAGAUCUUGAGUCGAGAGCUAAUGGAGAAACGCCUGCAGCAGUUCAAGACGCCGCUCGUCCAGCUGCACCACGAGGCGGCACUGGCGGCCCGCGGCCUGCCCGCCGAGCAGCCCACCCAGUCCGUGCAGCUUGCCGUCGACGCGCGCUUCGUCAAGUUCGAGUACGUGCAGUACCUGAACAGUGCCUGGAAGAUCCUGGCCAGGCAGCGCAAGCAGUUAUGCCAGACGAAGAAACAGAGUCCGAAACAAGGCCCCGCCCCCGGGCGCAGGCACCCCAACACAGUUCGGGACAGGACACAAUCGAAUUGAAGACCAAAGGCAGGAGAGAGCAGACAGAAAAGCAAAGAAGAAGAAAACCAGGGAAAGACAGACAGAAAGAAAGAGAGAGCAACAAGAGAAACCUCCGCUCCGUAACGAGGCUCAUUCCACCACCCCAAGACAUUGAUAUUUAUUAACCAUUCCCUAUUUAUUGAAUCAAAGUCACGAAUCACCCAGUCACCAGUCACCAGUCACAAGUCACGAAUCACAAAGGAUCCAGUCGCAGGCUAUGAAAAUCUUGAAUAGAAAAAAAAAACCCAAGUCCCUCGAUCAAACAGAGACAACAACCGUGGAGAAUAAUAUAUGUACCUCCCCCUCCUCCUUUACCACCUAAGAUUCUACGUACACACAUAUACAUAU